AUGAGAUGGGAGAUACGAAGCAGCAUCAUACAAUGGCCUAGCUACCCCUUUCCUUCUGCUUUCCCCGUAUCCAUUCACAUCCGCAGAACCGAUUGCUUCUCCAGAUCCUACGGCGACAAAGUACCGAGGAUGCACGUGGGUAGUUGUCCAUCGAUACAUAGACAUGCCUACUUGGCUUCGCUCGCGGUUGUUUCUUGCACUGGACAUGGUCAAACGUGGUGUGCCGUCGGCUUGCCGAUUCGUACUUUGAUUCUGAUUUCGCGCCGUGAUUCCCAAUUGCCGAGCCUCAAGUGA